CACAGCAAGCAAUUUAUCUCAUAUAACAUAACAAAUUGUCAAAUAUAUAGCUUCUGCAAGUUCCAAACAAAUUGUCUCAAAUUACCAUUACUAAACUUGUUGCUCCUGAACAUCAAAUUCUUGAAAUUUAAAGCAGAGUCAUAAUCAUAUUAUAGUUUGAUAAUUGCGAAUGGCAAGCACAAGGAGCAGCGCAAGAGUUGGAGCAGGAGCAAGAACAAGCUCAUCACGAGGUCCUGUCGUUGAAGAGAUCGUGCCCAGUUCUGGUUGGACAGAGGAUUCUGCAGGACAUUAUCUCUUGGUGGAUCUUCCAGAAUUCAAGAAGGAAGAGGUGAAACUUCAGAUUGAUAGCUAUGGUCGUAUAAUUGUUAAAGGAGAAAGGCACCCAAAUGAGCGGAAACGAGUCCGAUUUCAUUUGACCUUUCCGGUGCCGGUGGAUUCCGAUACUGAUAAAGUAGCCGGAAGAUUCGAUGCUGGAAUCCUUUACGUGACUGUCCCCAAAGUGAGCAAAGAAAGUGAGGCUGUGAAAGCAGCAAACGGAACCGUUGAAAGAGCAGAAGAAAACAAAAGGCAAGAGCAAGCUGCAAAUGGCAAUGCUGAAAGAGAAGAACAACAUGAACACCAAGAACCCAUUGUUGAUGAUGAUAAUGUGGGGAGAGAUCGCAGCCAAGAAGACAGUAACAGGGAGAAGGAAGUAAAAAGAAUUGAGAAUGCACAAAUUGGGGAGUUUUCUGAAGGAAUGUUAAGGAAGUGGGAGCAUGAGCCUAUGGUAAGAAGUGUAGUUGAGGUUUUCAGGAAAAACAAAGGAAUUGUUAUAACUGCUGUUAUAGCAUUUUCCUUAGGGAUUUUAAUAUCUCGCAAGUUUCAAUCCUCUGCACCAUCUUAAUGUAUAUACCCACUACUUCAGGUCAUGGAUCUUAAUUUGUAUAUUAUAUCAAAAUAUAAAAUGAAGUAUCACUAUCAUGUACUUAAACAAUAAUAAUAUAAUGUCCCCUUUAUUCUUCUUUA